AUGUUACGUACCAUUGGAAUAACUUACCUUUUAACGGUAGCAGUUGUUCUCGUGGUUCUGACGUUGGUGCCAGAGCCUCAGUGGUCACCUCGUACCUGUGUAAUUGUAACCGUCCUGUCUGACAUACUGGUCGCAUGCGUCAGCGUGCCCGUGAGGCAGAUCACGAGAGGGAUUCGUGGUGAACUUACCGAGAUUAAGAGUUCCCUGCAGAGAAGCGCCAACUAUUCUGGAGCUUCUAGAAACAAUGUUGGACUUGAACUACUGAGAGUUCUUUCGAAAGCCCUUGAAAUGCUCUAUCGAGUGAAACCAAGCAAUGUAUCGCAUGUUUUGAGGUGCGCAACUUCUAGCGCUUGGAUAUCGGUGAACCUCUGCUCAGAAUUUCCAAUUCAGGAUACACGUAGGUUGCACUGUAGUGUGCUCGAUAAAAUGAUCUCACGAAGUGAUGCUUGCAAAAUCAAGACCAAUAAUUAUGGAUUCAAUAGU